AUGAGGACGCAUGAACGAGCUGCCAAUUUGGCUCUUGCCGGUCUGAGCUUGGCGCCACUUGUGGUCAACGUAAACCCAAAUGUGAAUGUGGUAUUGACAGCAUGCCUUACUGUCUAUGUGGGUUGCUACCGUUCUGUCAAGCCAACUCCACCCUCUGAGACCAUGUCCAAGGAGCAUGCUAUGCGGUUCCCCUUAGUUGGAAGUGCUAUGCUUUUAUCACUGUUUCUUCUAUUCAAGUUUCUCUCAAAAGACUUGGUCAACGCUGUGCUCACUGCCUACUUUUUCAUUCUAGGCAUUGUUGCUCUCGCCAUUUUUAUGGAUAUAGAAGCUUCCAUUUCUCCCUCAGAAAUAGACUUAUUACAAGAUUUCAAUUACAAUGGCUGUCAUGCACUCUCGGUGGAGUUCACAAAGUCCCAGAUUGUUGCUUCAAUACCUGGAUUUUUCUUUUGCUUGUGGUAUGCGUCAAAGAAGCAUUGGCUUGCAAACAAUGUUCUGGGAUUGGCUUUCUGUAUUCAGGGGAUUGAGAUGCUGUCAUUGGGAUCAUUUAAAACUGGAGCCAUUCUCUUGGGUGGACUUUUUGUGUAUGACAUUUUCUGGGUGUUCUUCACUCCGGUUAUGGUCAGUGUGGCUAAAUCUUUUGAUGCUCCGAUAAAGCUUCUGUUUCCAACUGCAGACGCUGCACGACCAUUCUCCAUGCUUGGCCUUGGUGACAUUGUAAUACCUGGUAUAUUUGUUGCACUUGCCUUGCGCUUUGAUGUCUCAAGAGGUAUCAAGAACCGUUACUUCAACAGUGCAUUUUUGGGAUACGCUGUGGGUAUGACGGUGACCAUCAUCGUAAUGAACUGGUUUCAAGCUGCACAGCUGCUGGAGUUUGACGAGUCAAAAGUUGAGGCAGAGGAAGGCGGUGCAGAAGAAGAGCAAGAUGAUGAUAGUUCCCAAGUCAACAAAAAGGUGGACUAG